GCAGUUCUCAGCUAAAACAUGCAGAAUCUGACUGAAUUUUCUGUCAAUGCAACUUCUCCAAACAGUCUGUCUGUGAUCAUUAAGGUGUGUGUGGUUAUCCCUCUAUUCUGCCUCUUCCUCUGCUGCAUCCUCAUCAUGCUGCAGGUCUUUGCCUCUAACAGGCAGUUCAUGGAGACCUCUCGUUAUGUCCUGUUUGCUCACAUGCUGAUCAAUGACACCCUGCAGAUCCUGUCCUCUGUGCUGCUCUUCCUCUGUGUCAUGGCUCAGGUGAAGUUUGCCAUGGUGCUCUGUGUCCCCCUGCUCGUUAUUUCCACUGCUACUUUCCAGAACACCACCCUGAUCCUGGCUGCAAUGUCACUGGAGCGCUACGUUGCCAUCUUCUACCCCCUGCAGCGUCCGGCCGCCUGGCGCUCAGAGCGAAUCUGGAUAACGGUGGUGUCCUUGUGGUUUGUCAGCUUCGUCUUUCCCAUCAUCGAGUACGCCAUGAAGAGUGGGAACCCCGCCGUGUUGGGCCUCACAACCCCAGUGCUGUGCAAAGUCGCUGCCAUCAACUCCUCUUUCAUCCAGACGCUGUUCAGAGCCGCCGUGAGUGUGCUCUUCUUUGCAGUGGUGGCCUUCGUCAUCCUCUUCACCUACGUGAGAAUUCUACUGGAGACCAGGAAGCUGAGGCAGGACCGGCUCUCUGUGAAGAGGGCCAUGCACACGGUGCUCCUGCAUGGCUUUCAGCUGCUGCUGUGCAUUCUGGCUUUCACCGGCCCCAUCACUGAGACCCUCGUAGUGCUGCAUAAAGUCUGGACGAGGGAGGACAUCGCCUUUUUUAACUACUUCUGCUUCAUUCUGGUCCCGCGUUUCCUCAGCCCGCUCAUCUAUGGCUUCAGGGAUCAGGUUCUCAGGAGGCACAUGGUGAAAAACUUCCUCUUCUGCACUAAAACUGUCAAACCCUUCUUCAAGCAAUGACUUAGUUUUUGUACACUUGUAAAAAAAAUGUUUUACUAAGUUUAAUUAAACAAACACAUUUUCAAAAUUUACAUCUAUUAAGAUGAGUACCUCUUAGGAGAGCAGUUUUUUUAUAGGUGAAAAAGGUUUGUGAAACUUGAGAAUAUCAGCAAAUUUUAAAUUAGUUAAUUUAACGGAUCAAUUUGUGUAUAUAUGCAAUUAGAAGGACUUUUUUUUAUUGUAAUAUGGUAUUAGCAAGAAAAUGAGGCUGGAUUAAACUGGCUUCUUGUGUGUAAUGUUCCUUAGAAAAUACUUCAAGAAUGUGUCUGUUUACCUGAAACGAGCUCAAAAGGGAAUUAAAUAAACUAAACAUUGUCUAGCUGUGUCUUUGCCAGUUUAAAGUAACCAAAAAAAAAAAAAACUAACUUGGACCAGGCUAAAAUGUCUAGAAUUUGAUCAUUUAAACUAAAGAGACUUUAAGAAUUGAUUCAAACCCUUCUCUGUGACGUCUUUUUGACCUGAUCAGCUCUUUUUCCAGUCUGUUAACCAUCAACCAGGCUGCGGAUCCGUUUCAGCAACACUGACAAACAUUACUCAAUGGUGUGAAUGACUUCUAGGUGAACCGAACUGCAGCUCCCUGGUUUUCUUCUGUCUGGAUGUGCAGUUUUUGCUGAAAGGUGGUCAGAGUAAUUUAGGUAAUCCGUUAAAUUUAAACAUUCAAAAUCGAUUAUAUGAACAUGUCAUUGUUGAUUAUAAUGAGUGUGAAUCGUGAUGGAGGCUGGUGUUUGUUUGAAUGUAUGCUUUGCUCCGCUGGUGCUUAAACUGCAGGUCUCACUAUGGAGGCCUUUUUCAUCUUGUAAAUGAAAUAUUUUCUCCAAACACAAAGAUACUUUGUUCCUUUCUUGUAAUAAUAACAGUCAUCGUACAAAAAAAAUAAUUUAAGCAGUUUUAUACAACAAGACUGUAUCUACAUCUGACUUUUUGCAAAAAUAUUUGUAGGGGUUUAAAUUGGGCCAUAAAAAAAACAUCCUAUUCUAUAAUGAAUUAAUUUAUUUUUAUGAUGAUUCACAAAAACUUCCGUUUUGUGGCUCUCAUCCAGAGUUUAGCUGAAUUUUUUUAAAGAAAAUCGUUGAAGCAUAUUCAAAACUACCCUAUGAAUCACAUGCAAAUACUUCUGUACUUUUUCAAAAUAAAAUCUAUUCUUGUCAGCAUAAUUUCAUUAGGAUCUGUUUAGAAAUUUUUAAAGGAAAAUUUGAGAAAAAUGUUUUUUUCACAUUAUUUUCUCUUAGUAUGUUUAAGGGACUGGACAAUGUGCAGUAAAGGCAUUAUGUGCUGAUGGAGCCUUACUUAAAAAAGCAUAAAGUUGUUGUCAUGUCUGAUUGAACUGAGCUGAACUCCCUCACUACUUUCUUUGAGUUUACAUAUUAACCCAGAAGAAGAAGACAGCACUCUCAUCUGGCGAUCAACUGUAACUACAGCACACGAAGCAAAAUGAUUCGUGGGUGUAUGAAACUUUCAGAUUUUAAAUGGAUCAUGUCAUUUAAAAGAAUCUUUGAAGUUUAAUAUAAAUGUUUUCCCCUUAAAUCUACAACCUUCAAAUGAUUUUUUUCAUAAACUGCCAAAAAUACACGAUCAACACACUUAGUAGAUGGAUAUUUGUUCUUUCAUUUCUGUUAAACCUGAAAUUUCCACGUUGGUUUCUUUUUGUACUUGUAAAAUAUUGUCUUAAAGUCAGUUAUUAAUUAUUCUUAAUUUGUUAUAUGUAAAGCACAGAAGCAAGUGCUGGUAUCUAGACAAUGGAUCAAAACGAGACAAUAAACCACUUUUUAAAUAA